GUGGAUAUCUUGUUAUCGAUAUGUCAACAAACUUAUGAGUUAAAGGAAUCACAAUGUCCUUAGAACGAGAAAGUGGGGGUUCAAUGGCCCAAAUGGGUCAGAUGCCUCAAAUGCCUCCUUUACCUAUGAAUGUGGGCACAUCAAAUGACCCACGUUCACAACUGCUUCAGGAGAUGCGGGAGCAGAACUUUGAUCUGAUCCGGUUUGCAUCAUAUAGGACGGCAUGCAAAUUACGAUAUGUUCAAAAGAAAUGCAAUUUGCACGUCAUAGAUAUAUGGAAUGUUAUAGAGGCGUUUCGAGAAAACGCCCUGAACACCUUAGAGCCGAACGCGUGUGUGAAUGUCACCCGGCUGGAAACACUCGUGUCAUCCUUGUACCACAAUCUGAACAAAAGAUUGCCGCCCGCGCACCAAGUGUCGGUCGAGUCGUGCUCGGCGUUGCUAUUGAACUGGCUGCUGUCGGCUUAUAGUACGGGAGAGAAUGUAGGCAAGAUCAGAGUGUUUUCUAUUAAAGUGGCUCUUGCAACGAUGUGCGCUGGAAAAUUAAUGGACAAGCUGAGAUACAUAUUCUCUCAAUUGUCUGAUGGCAACGGUCACUUGUUGAUGAAGCGUCUGUCCGAGUACCUAAGGGAGGUUUUAGCACUCCCCGCUGCCGUUUACGAGUCACCAUCUUUUAGCUACAAUGAUGCAUUGGCACUCUCCAUAUUCAAUCAGAAUGGCAAGAUAACGGUGAACGAUUUUCUGGACACGUUGAUGUCAGAUCCUGGUCCUCCAUGUCUAGUGUGGUUACCGUUGUUGCAUCGAUUAGCUAGCGUCGAAAACGUGGUGCACCCGCUGGCGUGCAGCGCGUGCCGGCGCGGCUCGCUGGCGGGGCUGCGCUACCGCUGCACGCGCUGCGCCAACUACACGCUGUGCCAGGACUGCUUCUGGCGGGGCCGCGUCUCCGGCGUGCACACCAACGAGCACGAGGUCAAGGAGUACGCCGCAUACAAAUCACCGUCGAAGCAAAUAGGUGCAACGUUACGUAAAUCAUUCCGUUGCGUUCCCGAGCGGGCCCGGCCCCAGCUGCCGCGGUAUCCAGACCAGCCUGAACGAACGCUCAACCUCAGCCACAUAGUGCCGCCGUCUCCGGUGCCGGCGCACAACGGGUUCCCGGAGUACAGCGGUGGCGGGGGCGGGGGCGGUGGCGGGGGCGGGUACGUGAACACGGGCUCGCUGGACUCGCGCUCGUCGCGCUCCACGCACUCGCACCCCGCGCAGCUGCGGCCGCUGGACGACGAGCACCGCCUCAUCGCGCGGUACGCGGCGCGCCUCGCGCACGAGACCAGGACCAUGCCUCGCGCAGGGCGGUCUGCGUCGUUAACUCCUGAACUGGGUCGAUCGUCGUCCGAGGGCUCGGAGGUGGACGCGGCGCGGCAGCAGCGCGAACUGAUCUCACAAUUGGAGGCUAAAAACAGGGAAAUCAUGAGAGAGAUAGCACGACUGAGACGGCAGCAGGAGGCGGAGGCCGCGGCGGGCGGCGCCCCCCCUCUGGUGUCGGAGCUGCGCGCGCUGCGGCAGCGCAAGGACGAGCUGGAGGGGCACCUGGCCGCGCUGCAGGAGUCGCGCAAGCACCUCAUGCAGCAGCUCGAGGGGCUCAUGCGGAUGCUCAAGACGCAGCAAUCGUCGCCGCGAUCGACGCCAAACUCAUCUCCACGAUCUACUAAGAGCCCGCCGCUGCCGGGUGCGCAAGCGCAACCUACUGCACCGGAAAGGGAGCCCAGUACCCGGGGGACGGUACGCAGCGCCCCGCAGACCCCCUCCCUCGGCGAGAGGGAGCGCAUAGACAUGACACAUAGCCUUGGUGGCAUGGAUAGUAUGAGUAAUGAGAACAGAAGUUUCCAUCAAAAUCAACGACCUACCACCAUGGGCAUAGACAAUAGGAGUCUCCGCAGCGACCUCCUCUACGCGGCGGACUCCGUCACUAACGCCAUGUCCACUCUAGUCAGGGAACUUAAUUCAGAGGGCUCUGAUACCGAAGACACUGUGAAACGUGAGCCCAGAAAACAAAGAGACUUCGAGGAGGAUGAUGACAGCGAUGAGCCGAUGCCGCGGCCACAGCCUCCGAGACACUAUCUACACGAUAACAACCUACAGAGCAUGGCACCUAGUGUUAAGUCACAAUCUUAAAGUUUGCUUACGAGUACCGCUAAAGGAUACUCCGCCGCCCCUCCCCGCGCGCACCGGCCACUACUUCCCCCGCACAUAGU